CGUCUUACGCUUUAUGGAAUAACCGAGACAAAGGGGAGCUCUUUCUCCUUCACGGGGAACGCUUGUCUACAUGCGACGACAGCUAUAGGCUCCGCCUUUGUUUUUAUGUUGAACGGUUGGUUGGUUGCUUCUGCCUUUUGGACAAGUUGUUGGUUUCCCUCUUUCUCUCUCUCGCGAAGUCACUGAUGAGCUUCAAAUCUCACUGACUACGCAGCCAUGGACGAAGUUGAACAGGAACUACAGAAUCGACGCGUUCUAACGCUACUAGAAGCGCUAAAGAAGACCUCCAAAGAUCUACGAAGCAACCCCAUUUCCCCAACGAACACCCACAAUUCGGAAACCACAGUUGAAGCUCUUUCAAAGCUCGAAGCGGAGGCCGCAGCCGUUGUUUCCACGAACCCAAAUCUUUUCAACCUCCAUCGGUUGCUCUGCAGUCUCAAGACCCUGCUCGAAACGCUCGAAGAAUCUCAGGGCUACAGCUUCAAACCCCUCCUCCGCCGCCAGAUCACUAACUUCAGGAUUUCCCGGGCUGCAUGCAAGUUGGAGGCUGAGAUUCAAGCGUUUCUUGACCGAGAAAGUGUGCAAAAUCUUGUAAGAACGCUGCAGGAAUCGGCGGAUGAGGAGCAGAAGGUUAAGGUCUUGGCUGAUUUCAGAAAACGGGUGGGCCAAGGUUUCGAUAGAGAUUUUCAGGAGUUGGUUUUGAGAGCGAAGGUAUUUUCUAUUCUUGAAUCUUUACUCUGUGACUCCAUGUGUUCGAAGCGGGUUCGAGACGAAGCGGCUCUUGUUGUAGAUGCGUUGGUUAGAUUCAAUAAGAAUGUUUUUGUGGGAUUGGUGUUCAUGGGUCCGACAAUUAAUGGAGCCUUGACUUCUAUAGGAUCGUGUUGUUCGAUUCAAGUUCUUUGCUCACUGAUCAAAUUCAUCAGAACUCCAUUAAUAGAUGAAAUGGAAUCGAACGGUGAAAUCCCCAGAAUCAUCAACCUGUUAAGCACAGAAGAUUUGUCUAUUCGAGCGGCAGCUUUGGAUUGCAUUCUUGCACUUGCUUAUUUUGGGAGAAAAGAAGUUGUUGAAGAAAUGCUUGAAGAAAAGUUGGUGGAGAAGCUCAUGGAGUUGCAGAGAUUGGAACAUGGAAGUGAUGAGAUUGAGAGAGAGAAUAAUGGAGAAGUUUGUGUGGAAGCGGAAGUGGAGAAUAAUCCAUUUGGAAGCUGUGUUGCAAGUUUUUCAGUGCAAGUGGAAGUGGGGGAAGGGUUGAGUCAAAUAGAGAAAAGAGAAGUCAAACAAGAAAUACUGAGGAGAGUCAGAGAGGCCUCUGUUUCUGAAGCAGAGUCAUCCGCCAUUGAGGCAGAGAGUUAUGGGAACCUACAAAGAACGGAUUGAAAAGUUAGAAAUAGACAUCCAAUUAAGUCAUUCAACGAAUUGAAGCUCAAGCACGUCUCACUGACUCAAGAAUGCAAAGUUUGAAGUGUUCUUUUCCGAGAGAUGAUGGAUCAGCUCUCACAAACCCAUGAUCGAAGGGAU